GUACUGUGCACGAGGAAGUUCUGCGCGGGGUGGAUUGAUGGUCUUUUUGAAAUUGAGAUACAUUUUUCAAUUUAAUUAAACACAAAGGACUUAUUGCAUAUCAAACUCGCUGUUUUCAUGGUCUAGACAUUUUUUUAAUCAAAGGCAAUUUUUUGUUAUUACAUAAUCAGUUUAAUUUUAAUUAUCCCGCGCGCGCUCUCGUAACGGUGCGACGUGUCUGUGCGCGCGUUAAUUAUCUUAACUUGGUAGCAAGCGCUGCUCUUCACAGAACUAACAAGUUUAACGUGUGGAUGUGCCCUUGUUCAUCUGCAGUCCCAGAUCCACAAUGGCUGUCUGUUCAGUCUGCUUAAUAGCUCAGCAACAAAGGAUUAGCAACAGAGCUAGUAUAAUUACAGGAUAGCAAUAAGCCCAACCCACACUAUACCUCUCUUUAUUAUAAUUAAUUUCUGGGCAAUCCAGAGAGAAUUAUUAUAGAUUUGCACUUCUUAAUAAUAAUAAUUAAUAAUAAAAAAAAAUCAUGUUGGACAGGUCUGUAUAAAUCACUUAUUUAUUAUAUUUGUACCUCUUUAUUUUAGUAGUUCAAAAAAAUAUAUAGAGCUAUAUUGUCAGGCAUUAGUUUCCUUAAAUUGUGAAGUAAUAGCUAAAUAAUUAUGGUUUCUACAACUGCGGCUGCAAUAACUGUGGCAAUCACUGCAAGUGCAGCAACCCAGGCAUACCUGACAGAGUACACGUGGCUUUUGGUUGUUGGCUUCAUCAUCGCGUUCAUCUUAGCCUUUUCUGUUGGUGCCAAUGAUGUUGCCAACUCGUUUGGAACAGCUGUGGGUUCUGGAGUUGUUACGUUACGACAGGCCUGCAUUCUGGCUACUGUGUUUGAGACGUUGGGCUCUGUGCUCCUUGGGGCUAAAGUGAGUGAAACCAUUCGCAAGGGAAUCAUCGAUGUUGGCAUGUACAAUGGCUCUGAGCAGGUGUUGAUGGCUGGAUCUGUCAGUGCUAUGGUUGGUUCUGCGGUGUGGCAGCUGGCCGCCUCCUUCCUUAAACUCCCCAUCUCUGGAACACACUGUAUAGUUGGUGCUACGAUUGGCUUCUCCUUGGUUGCCAGAGGCCAACAGGGAGUCAGGUGGUUGGAACUCCUUCGUAUUGUUGGUUCCUGGUUCCUGAGUCCCCUAUUGUCUGGUAUAAUGUCAGGCAUUGUUUUCUACUUUGUGCGGAUGUUUAUCUUGCACAAGAAAGACCCGGUACCUAAUGGGUUGAAGGCCCUGCCUGUCUUCUAUGCGAUGACAAUGGGAAUCAACCUGUUCUCCAUCAUGUUCACUGGAGCGCCAACACUGGGAUUUGACAAGAUCCCCUGGUGGGGCAUUCUACUCAUCUCUUUGGCGUGUUCGCUGCUGACUGCAAUAGUCGUCUGGUUUGUUGUCUGCCCAUACCUCAAGAAGAAGAUUCAACGUGAUGUCAAGUCUUCCAGCCCCUCUGAGAGCCCCCUGAUGGACAAGAAAGAUCUGAAAGAGCCCCAUUGUCCAAUCCUCAAAGAGACAUCAACUCCUGCUGCCAAUCGCACCCCUACUGCUGAGCUGCAGGCUGCCACUGAGGAGCGUAGGGUGGCAUUUGACAUCGAGGAGUCUGACGACGACACUAGAGAACGCAAAGUGGCCUUUGACAUUGGAGAUUCUGAUGAUGCCGACAACAAUGGUGAAAAUGAGGCACCCAAACAGGUUCAGUCAGACAACCAACAUGCCAACGGCUCUACAAAUUGUCCUCAUCAAGUCCAUUUCAACAAAUUAGUACAGCUUAACAACAAGCCAGCGCAUAUGACAAAUAAUGGUUACAACCAGUACCACACAGUCCACAAGGACUCUGGCCUCUACAAAGACCUACUCCACAAGCUCCACCUGGCCAGGGUUGGUGACUGCAUGGGUGAGGGAAGUGACCGGCCAAUCCGCAGGAACAACAGCUACACCUCCUACACCAUGGCUAUCAUCGGCUUGCAUGGAGACUUCAGACAUAAAGAAGCUGAGACUCGUGCUGCUGAGGAUGGUGCCAAAGGUCCAGGGGGUCAGGACAGGAAGCGUGUGCGUAUGGAUAGUUACACCAGCUACUGCAAUGCAGUGGCAGAGCACACGACUCCCGAGGGCCUUGGAGCAGGUGAUGUGAUAGUGGAAGUUGGGAUGGAAGAUGCCGGUAGUAGCCAAAGCUCUCUGGAUGAUGAGAGACCGGAUUCAGACAAGCCUGAAGUUUCAGUUCUCUUCCAGUUUCUCCAAAUUCUCACUGCAUGCUUUGGAUCCUUCGCUCAUGGAGGAAACGAUGUUAGUAAUGCCAUCGGACCAUUGGUAGCCCUGUGGCUGGUUUACGAAUCCAGUAGCGUGACCUCAAAUGAGCAGACACCCACUUGGCUGCUCCUGUACGGAGGUGUUGGCAUCUGUGCCGGGCUCUGGGUGUGGGGUCGCAGAGUUAUCCAGACUAUGGGCAAGGACCUUACACCCAUCACUCCCUCAAGUGGUUUCAGCAUUGAACUGGCCUCAGCCCUGACUGUGGUGGUUGCCUCGAACAUUGGCCUCCCUGUUUCCACCACCCACUGCAAGGUGGGCUCUGUUGUGGCAGUUGGAUGGCUGCGUUCUAGGAAGGCAGUUGACUGGCGUCUGUUCAGAAACAUCUUCAUGGCAUGGUUUGUAACUGUGCCUAUUGCUGGCCUGAUUAGUGCUGCCGUAAUGGCCAUUUUCAUCUACGGCAUCCUGCGCAUCUAAACACUCACCCCACACAGGAAGAGGAGAAAGAAACUGCUUCAGUGUGCACCAGGAGAGGAGUCGAGUUAGGAAGCUGAAAUAUAUCGCAUCAAGCUGACAACUUGAUUAGUGGAGGAAGGCGAAGCUUAAAAAUUUGAUGUGAGCACCUGAUUUGUCUAUCACUAUUUUCAAAGCUGGUAUUUGCUGUUUGUUUCGUUUGGACCACAUUCAUUCUCAUGGGAAGUUUGUUACUCUGUUUUGACUUUUUCACUUCCUAUCAUUCUGUAAAAAGUUUUAAAGAUGACUUUUCUACUAUGUAUUGCCUAUUUUUACUCUGCAGUUCUGUGUAUAUGUUUUUGUGUGUGUGUUACAAGCUAGAAAUGAACAGCUGAAGUGCAGUAUUGGCAAUCUGCAGACAUAUCGCCAAUCAUAACCAGCUGAAAAAUAUCGUAGCCAAAAGUAUUUUAGUGGCAAAGAGAGACCAGUGGUAUGAAUCUCCCUUUCGCAAUUUAAACUUGCAUUUUGCUUCUAAAGUGUCCUGACAGUUGUUAAAUUGACCUGUAACUGUUCCUGUAAAUUUGAGAGUUGCAGAAUGUUAGAAUUGUUCUACUGCACAGAAAAAA